AGUUUUUCAUCUGCAUCCAUUUUCAUGACAUAUGAGUAGCAUGAUAGAUCCCUGUAUGAUAGGAAUGUACCUACUGGUUGAAUUUGUGGAUGAGGGAACAACAAGCCCGGUGGCAGCAGAGUGGUACCAUGAGGGCAUAUCAUGGUGGCCUCCAUACACAGACAAAGCCAAACUUCUAAAAAGUAUCCGAGGCAGUGAGGUCCCAAAUGUGAGCAGAGGAUGGACACAGCACCAAGCUCGUAUCCUUUACAGCUCAGAUUGUUUGGACAAGGUCGUCCAGAAAUGGAGAAUAUCCUGCGAGACCUCGGAUUUAAAUUCAGACAAUGAUUUCCCACGAAAACGAAAACCUAAAAAGCCAUUUGAAUUUAUUGAAAAGUCUCAAGCAAAAUGGCAUCCCAGCCCUCAAAAACAGAAUCUCAAAAUGAAAAAGAAAACAGUGCAUUCCCUACCACCACCACCAAUACCACCACCACCACCUGCUGACCAUCGAAAUCCUGGAACAAACAGAAGUAUGAUGUCACAGGAUGAGUGCUUCCAGACAAAUGUUCAGGGAUACUCGGAUGAAACCUCCUUCCCAGAAUCUAGACAAGUGAUGUCAAAGGCCCAGUCCUAUCAGGGAAGAAUUCAGGAUGCUUGGUUCACUGAACCAACACAGCAGAGUAAAAUCACAUUUGUCAUAUAUGCUAUUCAUAGAAACCCCCUGCUUGAUAAGUAUUUAUCAAAACAAAUAGAGAAAUAUACAUAACCUUACAAAUUCAUAAAAAGUUUA